AUGGUCUACUCCACUCUGGACCAGAUCUCGAUGGAGAAAACCCCGGCUUACUCCCUCCACCCGAAUGUCCCUGCUAUGGUCAAGGCAUUGCUACCCGAUGUCAAACUCAUCAUCAUCAUGCGGGAUCCAGUGGAGAGGGCCAUUUCAGACUUCGUGCACGACAUCACUUUACCCAAGGGAUGUGAUUUCUUCAUCCAUUCCGAAAUCAACAAUACCUUCGAGGAGUCGGUGAUAGACUCCAAUGGACGUGUCAAGGUAGAAACGAUACCUGAGUACUUUAAUCCCGAACAGAUUCUCGUAUUAGACGGGGAGGCAUUCAUAAAGAACCCUUAUCCAGCUGUCAAACUCGUGGAGCAAUUUCUAGGCGUCAGGGAUUACUUCACACGUGACCAUUUCUACUAUGAAGUCCAGAAGGGAUUCUUCUGUCUCAAUAAGCCCAUCCCUAACAACUGUAUGAGGCGGGCGAAGGGGCGCCUCAUCCGGAAGUAA